AUGGAUGUCUUCACCUGCCAGGGUCAAGGACAGGGUCAGCGGGACUAUGCUCCCUUCAUCCAGUUAUGCCCCAAUUACACUGACCUGGUACCCUGGAGAGCUGGUGGCUCUGAGUCGAGUUCCUGUUUGCACUAUUCCACCUUCUCCGAUCCUGGAGCUCCUCGGUGCCUCUAUUCCUGUUAUCCCGUGACCUGCAGGUACUGGAAGAUUCAUAGUGAGGACGACGGAACAUCCGGAGGCUGGGAAAUGGGAGUGUUAACAUUCAGGGAUGUGGCCAUAGAAUUCUCCCCAGAAGAGUGGGAAUGCCUGGACUCUGCUCAGCAGUGUUUGUAUAGGGAUGUGAUGUUAGAGAACUACAGAAACCUGGUCUCCUUGGGUCUUGCUAUCUUUAAGCCAGACUUGAUGACCUGUCUGGAGCGAAGAAAGCCCUGGAGUGUGAAGAGACAGAAGACGGUAGCCAAACACCCAGCUGGCUCUUUUCAUUUUACUGCAGAGGUAUUGCCAGAGCAUGACAUAAAAGAUUCAUUUCAAAAGAUGAUUCUUAGAAAGCAUGGAAGCUGUGACCUUAAUACUUUACAUUUAAAGAAAGACUACCAAAGUGUGGGUAGUUGAAAGGGGCAGAAAAGCAGUUACAAUGGCGUUGAUCAAUGUUUGUCAACUACCCAUAGCAAAACCUGUCAAUGUAAUAAAUGUUGCAAAGCUUUUGAGUUGUGCUCAGUCUUCACUGAACAUAAGAAAAUUUUUAGCAGAGAGAAAUGUUACAAAUGUGAAGAAUGUGGCAAAGACUGUAGGUUGUCAGAUUUUACCAUACAGAAGAGAAUCCAUACUGCAGAGAGAUGCUACAAAUGUGAAGAAUGUGCUAAAGUUUUUAAAAAGUUCUCAAACCUUACUAAACAUAGUAGAGUUCAUACUGAAGAGAACCCCUACAAAUGUGAAGAAUGUGGCAAAACCUUUACCUGCUCCUUAACCCUUAUUAAACACAAGAGAAUUCAUACUGGAGAUAGACCCUACGACUGUGAAGAAUGUGGCAAAGCCUUUACCUGCUCCUCAACCCUUAAUAGCCACAAGAGAAUUCAUAUGGAAGAGAGACCCUACAAAUGUGAAGAAUGUAACAAAGCCUACAGGUGGUUCUCACACCUUGCUCGACAUAAGAGAAUUCAUACUGGAGAGAAACCUACAAAUAAACCCUACAAAUGUAAUGAAUGUGGAAAGGCUUUUAUGUGUAUCUUGGCCCUUAGUCAACAUAAGAGAAUUCAUACUGGAGAGAAACCCUACAUCUGUGAAGAAUGUGGCAAAGCCUUUACCCGCUCCUCAACCCUUACUAACUACAAGAGAAUUCAUAUGGAAGAGAGACCUUACAAAUGUGAAGAAUGUGGCAAAACCUUUAAGUGCUUCUCAGUCCUUACUAAUCAUAAGAGAAUUCACACUGGAGAGAAACCCUACAAAUGAGAAGAAUGUGGCAAAGCAUCAAGCUCGUUCUCACACUUCAUUAGACAUAAGAGAAUUCAUACUAGAGAGAAGCUCCACAAGUGUUAA